GCACUGACGGCCCAUGGCGCCGCCCGCCGCUCGCCUCGCCCUGCUCUCCGCCGCCGCGCUCACGCUGGCGGCCCGGCCCGCGCCCAGCCCCGGCCUCGGCCCUGGACCCGAGUGUUUCACAGCCAAUGGUGUGGAUUAUAGGGGAACGCAGAACUGGACAGCGCUACAAGGGGGGAAGCCAUGUCUGUUCUGGAACGAGACUUUCCAGCAUCCAUACAACACUCUGAAAUACCCCAACGGGGAGGGGGGCCUGGGCGAGCAUAACUAUUGCAGAAACCCAGAUGGAGACAUGAGCCCCUGGUGCUAUGUGGCAGAGCACGAGGAUGGUGUCUACUGGAAGUACUGCGACAUACCUGCUUGCCAGAUGCCUGGAAACCUUGGCUGCUACAAGGAUCAUGGAAACCCACCUCCUCUGACUGGCACCAGUAAAACGUCCAACAAACUCACCAUACAAACCUGCAUCAGUUUCUGCCGGAGUCAGAGGUUCAAGUUUGCUGGGAUGGAGUCAGGCUAUGCUUGCUUCUGUGGAAACAAUGCUGAUUACUGGAAGUACGGGGAGGCGGCCGGUACCGAGUGCAACAGCGUCUGCUUCGGGGAUCACUCCCAGCCCUGUGGUGGCGAUGGCAGGAUCAUCCUCUUUGAUACUCUCGUUGGCGCCUGCGGUGGGAACUACUCAGCCAUGACUUCCGUGGUCUAUUCCCCCGACUUCCCCGACACCUACGCCACGGGAAGGGUCUGCUACUGGACCAUUCGGGUUCCAGGGGCCUCCCGCAUCCACUUCAGCUUCCCCUUGUUCGACAUCAGGGACUCGGCGGACAUGGUGGAACUGCUGGAUGGCUACACCCACCGCGUCUUGGCCCGCUUUCACGGGAGGAGCCGCCCGCCCCUGUCCUUCAAUGUCUCCCUGGACUUCGUCAUCUUGUAUUUCUUCUCUGACCGUGUCAAUCAGGCCCAGGGAUUUGCUGUCUUAUACCAAGCCGUCAAGGAAGAACCGCCACAGGAGAGGCCCACCGUCAACCAGACACUGGCCGAGGUGAUCACGGAGCAGGCCAACCUCAGCGUCAGCGCUGCCCGGUCCUCCAAAGUCCUCUACGUCAUCACCACCAGCCCCAGCCACCCACCUCAGACUGUCCCAGGAUGGACAGUGUAUGGCCUGGCAACUCUCCUCAUCCUCACAGUCACAGCCAUUGUAGCAAAGAUACUUCUGCAUGUCACGUUCAAAUCCCAUCGUGUUCCUGCUUCAGGGGACCCUAGGGAUUGUCGUCAACCAGGGACUUCAGGGGAAAUCUGGAGCAUUUUUUAUAAGCCUUCUACUUCAAUUUCCAUCUUUAAGAAGAAACUCAAGGGUCACAGUCAACAAGAUGACCGUAAUCCCCUUGUGAGUGAUUAAAAACCCCACCGUGGACACGAGGUCCCUCUUUGAGCUCAAGCCUGCUGGGGUUGACCUCUCCUGCGGUUCUUCUCCCACCGACUCUUCCCUGCCUGUCCCUCCACCUGGGCCUCUUCAGGGGCCCCCUCCUACAGACUGGGAAGGGGCACCAUAGCCCGGAUUCCUCCUGCUUCAUCAGCUGCACUUGGGAGAGACACUGAAGGCCCCAGGGCUCGGCCCUCUCUGCGUCUCUCUCUCUCUGAUCUAGCAACGGGGAUGCCGGGGUAGUGGGGCUGAGAGGACGGGGACGGUCGUGGCUGGCACUGGGCUCAGGUGCAUUCUAGAUGACGUCGGGUGCUGGGUAGGUUUAGUGUACGUGGAGUCUUUCUUGCUUCUGCUCUAUUUUGUCCACACGCAGAUCAGUUUCUCCUGGUCUUUACAGUUUGGAACAGGGCCAGACAGGGAGAAUUCUCAGGCAGUCUUGAGGGUUGGCCUGGUCCCAUCUGAGUGUGGACUCCUGGGCAUUAGCAAAGAUUAAGGGGGCCGGUGCUCUGCUGACCCUGCAGCCCUGCUCUCUGGGUGCUGGGCCAGGACAGGAUUCCUCCAACCUGGGGGCCUGAAUAGAGUCUAAAAGCCGCAUUCAUUCAUUUCAAACCUGUCACCUUCCCCACAUAGGUUUCUUUCUAGAUUCUUCUUUCCAUAGCUCAGUAACCUGCAGAGCAAGCUUGAGGAGUGGAAAUAUAAAACAUUGAUUCAUUUAUUCAUGCAACAACCUCUACUGAAAGCUUUGACAGAUCUGUCAGAUGGGAUUUAUCUGGUGGAACCUGAGCCAGGCCUGGCCUCUCUGUGACUCUUGGUUCUGAACGGGGAGUAUAAACAUUGUGCUUUAGCCUUGAGACAGCAUCACGUGAGACAUGGGGCCCUCGGGCCCUCCUUGAAGUGUCUCGCAUUUUAAAAGAAGAUGAAAAACACGGGGUGUGUGUAGGGGGGGCUGUACUCUUUUCUGUGUUCCCUUCAGGGAAGGCAGUGGGGUUGGGAACAGCUUGGGGGAAGGGGAGGACUCUUGCCCCUGGCCCACUACCCUGCCCCUUAGACAGACAGGGAGGUGAACUGCAGAGAUUGUUGUGAGGGGAGGGAGGGUUUGCUAACUGAAGAUCCUCCGAGGACAGGCCCUAAUACUGAGAGCUCCAGCUGCAGUGGCCACCAGUUGGGAGAGUAAGUUAAGUGCCAUCUCUAAUUUGGAAGUCCCUGCCAUCCGGAAGCAGGUUUUGUCCACAGCAGCUGAGAAGAGCAGCGUGUGCCUUUGUCAGAGCGUGCCUCUCCCAAAGGCACUUGGGCCUCGGUAGUUGUUGCCGCUGGCCUUUGGGUUCCCUCUUUGGAGCACUUUGCCUACUUCCCCCAAGUCCCUAAGCCACUGCUUGCUGUGGCCCCUACUGGGGUUCUGGCAAUCCGUCUGUGCCUGACCGCUCCUGGGAGAGCAGAGGGGGUUAUAUGGGGCCAGCUGGGAAGUGUCUGCAGCAAGAGGUGACUCUCAGCAGCCUGAGCCAAGAGGCUUAGAGCUGCGGUCAGAGGGGCAUGGGUGGAGGAAAAUAGGGAGGUGUGUCCACAGGUGGGCAGGGCACCGCCCCAGGCACCAUGGGACGGAUACGGAGCCACUCAGUGCUGUCUUCGGGGGCUUUGAUCUGCAAAGGGUGAUUACCCCGGAGCAGCUGCCUGCAGGCCCCUGGGUCUGGAGGCAGAGGCCUGUCACACACAAGGACCACUGGAAAUACAUCAACAUGUGCAGUCUUCCCUCCAAGCUAUUUGUGGCUUUUGUGGAAUCUCCUCUCGAAUGCAAGUGUCAGGUGUGUGUAGUCCCAAAGUCACUGUGCUGUGAAUAGAUCCAUUCGCAGCACAGAGGGAAUGUGGCAUUUGGCCCCAGGAAGGGUUUGCCUGGCCGAGGGGCAGUUGUUCAGCUGCCUAGAGCUAAGCUGGCCCCAGGCUCUUGGGGCAUCUGCAGGCCGACCACCCGCCUUGCCCUCACCUCUCAGGCCGUGCCCACACUGGGGUGUUGUCAAAGCCCGCAGCGCUCCCAGGACUGACUUGCUGUCCUUGGAGCAGCCCUGGGGAACCCAAACCUGCCUCAGGGCAACACGGGGGAAGGAGGGCUAUAAAUCGUCCCAGGCCAAACCUCCAUAAACCCAGGGGACCCGUGGGGUCCCCUGCAGCCUGGCCAGGGCCUCAGGACCUGUCAGCAACACCCCACAGAGAGCCCCUGCCACUAAGGAAACACC